AUGGCGGAGGGAACUCGUAACAUGACAAAAUUGGAUGAAUGCAUGACUCGAUUAUCACGACAUGAAGAGCAGUUUAAUUCACUGGGGGACCUGCUUAAGGAAAUGAAUCUGAAAUUAACCGUGAUGGAGGGAAAGCUUGACGCAAAACAGAAGGGGAAAGGAGAAGGAUCUGCACAUCAGGGAACUGAGAAUUUUUUGGGAAUCAACCCAUUUAAAUCAGUAAAACUAACUGUACCUCGAUUUGCAGGAGGGAACCCUGAACCUUGGAUUCACAAGGUGCAGCAAUUCUAUGGGUUUCACCAGCUCAGCGACCCAGACAAAUUCACGUUGACCUCAUUCCACAUGGACAAUGCUGCAGAAGAGUGGUAUCACUGGAUGGACAGAAAUGGGAGGCUACGGACAUGGGAAGGGUUUCUGGUUGCUCUUCGCGCUAGAUUCAGACCUUCAAAGUAUCGAGAUCUGAGGGGAGAGUUGUCUCGAUUGACCCAAACGUCCACGGUGGAUGAAUACCAGACUCAAUUUGAGCACCUAGCCAAUCAGGUUAUUGGCAUUGAAGAUGUUACAUUACAGAGCAAUUUUGAGUCCGGGUUGAAACCUGAGAUCCGGAAGGAAGUGAGGAUGCACCUCCCUGAAACAUUGGAACAAGCAAUAGACCUGGCCAAAUUGGUAGAAGGCAAGGUGAGUGAUAAAUCGUUUACAAAAAAUUAUUAUACAAAAUCCAACACAGUUACUAGCAAUACCAAUUCUACUGGAUUGCUGCCCACACCUGCGAAGGUAUUUGGGGUUAAUUCUGGGGCGGCCAAGACAACUUCAUCAGUUCAAAAAAUUACACCUGCUGAAAUGCUGGCAAGAAGGGAGAAGGGUCUAUGUUAUUAUUGUGAUGAAAAGUUUCAUAGAAAUCAUGUUUGUAAGGGAAAAAUGUUCCUUAUGAUGGUGCAAGAGGAAAAUGAUGAUGAAAUGGCCGAAGAUAUACCCCAAUUGGAACCAGAAAACAGCAGUCAGAAAUUAGAGGACGAGGGGACCUCGGUUCCAGGCAUCAGCUACCAUGCUCUUGCGGGGCAGCCUUCCAAUAACACCCUUCGAUUGAAAGGGAAGAUAAACCAUACUGCAGUCCAAAUAUUAGUAGACGGUGGUUCUACACAUAACUUCAUACAGGAUCGGCUUGUGAAGUUCUUGGGAUUGGCCAUCCAACCUGCACCCAAAUUUCAGGUGUUGGUAGGGAAUGGGGCUACCCUAGAUUGCAUGGGAGUGUGUCAGAAGGUCACCAUCGAAGUGCAAGGAUAUCCGUUCUGCCCUAACCUGUAUGUUUUGCCAAUCCAAGGUGCGGAGGUGGUACUCGAUGUGCAGUGGUUGUCGGAAUGGGGUGAUGUCACCAUUAGUUAUAAGGAGUUGAUUAUGAAGUUCAAAAUGGGGGAACAGUCAGUGGUGCUACAAGGGGAACCCAACAUCACAGUCGAAGCCAUACAGCUGAAUCAACUGAGGAGACUCACUACCUUUGAUUCCAUUGCUUAUUGCUACCAAAUGCAUGCGGUAGAACAGGAAAUUAUAGCUUCUUCAGUCUGGGGUGAUGAUCUGGACCCUCGAGUCCAAGAUCUUUUACAUGAGUUCCAAACAGUGUUUUCCAUUCCCCAGGGGUUACCCCCACCCCGGAAAGAGGACCACCAAAUACACCUGGACUCAGGAAGUAAAGCAGUGAGUGUUAGACCUUAUAGGUAUCCUCAUUUUCAAAAAAAUGAAAUUGAGAAGAUGGUUAAGGAGAUGCUAACCAGUGGCUACAUUCGUCUCAGUCUGAGUCCUUUUUCUUCACCAACUUUACUAGUUAAAAAAAAAGAUGGCACGUGGCGGUUCUGCGUUGACUAUCGAGCCUUGAACCAGGUUACUAUUCCCAAUAGGUUUCCCAUUCCUACGGUGGAUGAAAUGUUGGACGAAUUAUCAGGGGCUGCUGUAUACUCGAAGAUGGAUUUGAGAUCUGGGUAUCAUCAAAUUCGUAUGGCUGCUCAGGACGUCUAUAAGACUGAUUUUCGCACCCACGAGGGUCACUAUGAAUUCGUGGUUAUGCCCUUUGGCCUCACAAACGCCCCUGCCACUUUCCAAGGGAUAAUGAAUUCGGUGCUCAAAGAAUUCCUUAGACGAUUUGUGAUAGUGUUUUUUGACGAUAUAUUGGUUUAUAGUCGAACCAUGGAGGAGCAUUUGGGACAUUUGAGGUUGGUUUUGGUGUGUUUAAGGGAAAAUCAGUUGUAUGCUAAGAUGACCAAAUGUGCCUUUGCUCAAGGGGAGGUAGAAUAUUUGAGUCAUGUGGUGAGUGCAAGUGGGGUACGUCCUGAUGGGGGAAAAAUUCAGGCAAUUCUCGAGUGGAAGACACCUAAAACUAUCAAACAGCUAAGAGGAUUUUUGGGGUUGGCGGGCUACUACCGCAAGUUUGUUAAGGGUUUUUCUCAGAUUGCUUCACCUCUCACCAGUCUACUACAAAAGGAUGCCUUUAUUUGGACUGAAGGGGCUACUCGAGCUAUGGUUCAACUACAGGAAGCCUUGUCACAUGCUCCUGUUUUGGCUCUCCCAAACUUUGCAGAACCCUUUGUUCUGACCACGGACGCUUCAGGUACUGGAGUUGGUGCAGUCCUCAGCCAAAGAGAUCAGCCAAUUGCAUUUUUCAGUCGGAAAAUGUCCCCCAAGAUACAACAGUCCUCCACAUAUGUCCGAGAGCUGUUCGCCAUCACUGAGAGUGUAGCCAAGUUCCGGCAGUAUCUUCUGGGAAACCGCUUCACCAUCAGGACUGAUCAGCGAAGCAUCCGGGAAUUGAUGGCACAAGUAAUUCAGACACCAGAACAGCAGCGCUUCUUGGUAAAACUAUUGGGGUUUGACUACACUAUAGAAUAUUACCCAGGAGCUGUUAACAAAGUGGCUGAUGCUCUUUCCCGCGUUCAUGAAGGUGACAAGGAAGGUCCUCAGGAGGCAGCUACGGUUAUGACCUUGACGAGCCUUGUAAAUCCCUUGCUUGACCGAAUCAGAGAGGAGGUAAAAAGUAAAUCAGAAUUAGUGAAAUUGGCAACACAAAUUCAGGAAAAAAAAAGAAGGAACUGA